GUGUGAAGAGGCGAGAACGACCCCAGGAAUGACCAAAGCCCGCGCUGGGCAACUACGUUCUGCCGCCAUCACCGCCACCAUGCCCAAGAGAAAGGCUGAAGGGGAUGCUAAAGGAGAUAAAGCCAAGGUAAGGGACGAACCACAGAGAAGAUCCGCGAGGUUCUCUGCAAAACCUCCUCCUCCAAAGCCAGAGCCCAAGACUAAAAAGGCCCCUGCAAAGAGGGGAGAGAAGGUACCAAAAGGGAAAAAGGGGAAAGCUGAUGCUGGCAAGGAGGGGAAUAACCCUACAGAAAAUGGAGAUGCCAACAGACCAGGCACAGAAAGCUGA